CUUCCGAAUGCUGACAUUUUUCGGUAUCUCGGUAUCCCGUUCAAUUGCAGGGCAACUAUGGACGUCCAAGAACUGAUCGUCCAUAACACAAGAAAAGCGAUUACCUCGUUGAAUUGCCUAAUUUCUCUAGGCCUCAGUCCUACCGGUUUCACUCGUUUGCUCGCUGCAAGGAUCUAUGGUCAGUUCAUACGCCCUCAAAUGGAGUAUGGUUUAGCCAUCCAGAAGCCACUCCAGAAGCACAUCAAACUGUUGGAGGACGCCCAAUCGGCUUGCCUUCGGCGCUUCUAUGGCAGCUCGAAUCGCACUUCAUCAACCAAGGUCAUGCAGCAUCUGGUCAAUAUCCCUCCUAUGAAACUCAGAGUGGCUGUUCUUCAAGCGAAAUUACUCAAUCGAAGUCAUUGGUUACCUGAUGAUGCUCUAUUAUCCAAGCUCGUCCCGCGAUUUUCUGUCGUCUCUACGAGCCGAUACCGUCACCUGCAACGCACCGCAUUGUGGCAACGUCUCCCUUCUACAGAGGCGCCAUUUGACAAGAAAGCCUUAUCACAUGCUAUUCGCAACCUGUAUACUACCGAUUUUGAAUCUACUCUUCUUGGCCCACGCGCUAAAUUACUCUCUGCUUGUCGUCCUACACUGGGUGUCGAUCCAAUCGUUUGGCUCCCGAUGCAAUACCACCAUCGAAGUCGUCUCAUACAUUGGCGUCUUGGCUGGAUGCCGAAUGGUCGUCCGGAGGCUAUCUGCCGCAAUUGUUCCGAUCGCCAUCACCUAUCUCGGGACCAUGUCAUCAUCUGUCUGCAAGCACAUGUGCGUUUAAAAGUUCCUUUUGUAAUCCUAGAUCCUAUCUCCUUCAUACUCAACUCGUUACCAAGAACUCGCCCUCGCAGCACCACCACCAAACGUUAUUGGCGCUCUUGUUGGCCCCGACUCACCAGCUUACUCCGAGACAUCGAUCGUUUAUGCCACGAAGACGACCUAUGCACUGAAGACACUGACAUUGCCACCACCCCGUGCAACGACUUUUUGCUGUGGCUUGAUCAAACCAAUGCUGAUUCACGCCUAUCUCUUCCCUCUUCGCCCUCCUUCACACCCUAA